CGUCACACCACACAAGAGAUCACUACUUUCUAGAAAACACACACACACACACUCACACACGCGCGCGCGCGUUACAGAUCACCGGACUCAUCAUUGAGAGAAUAUGCCUUAUUCAGAAGCAAGAGCAACAUGUCAGAGCAGCAUAUGGACGACACAGCAGCUCUUGCACUGAAAAACCCCAGAACAUCAAACAUCCAACAUACAGCGGGAUGCAGUCCAGGUGUUACCAUCAACCCGCUGGCCUGGGCCAAGAUGGACCUGACCACCAUGACCUGCAGAUGAAGGUCGACUUCUUUCGUAAGCUGGGAUACUCUCCACAAGAGGUGAAGGCCGCCCUGAGGAAGCUCGGCCUGGGGACGGACACUAACGCGGUGCUGGGGGAGCUGGUGCGUUCAGGGGCCAAGGCUGUGCCCUCCUCUAGCUCUGACAGCGAUGAUGGUGGGUUCAGUUUGUCCCAUCGGGGAGGAAGCUCAUCUAGGACACAGGGCUCAACGCUGGAGGACACCUCUGAACCAGAAAGUGACCUGAAGCCUAUUGUUAUUGAUGGGAGCAACGUGGCCAUGAGUCAUGGGAACAAGGAAGUGUUUUCUUGCCGUGGGAUUGAGCUGGCAGUUAAUUACUUCCUUGACCGAGGACACAGAAAUAUCACUGUGUUUGUGCCUUCCUGGAGAAAAGAGCAGCCCAGGCCUGACGUACCUAUUUCAGAUCAGCAUAUUUUGGAAGAGCUGGAAAGGAAGAAGAUUCUUGUGUUUACACCUUCACGAAGGGUCGGAGGAAAGCGUGUAGUUUGCUAUGAUGAUCGCUUUAUUGUCAAAUUAGCUCAUGAUCUGGAUGGCAUUAUAGUGUCCAACGACACAUAUCGUGACCUGCAAAGUGAACGUCCGGAGUGGAAGCGUUGCAUUGAGGAGAGAUUGCUCAUGUACUCCUUUGUUAAUGACAAGUUCAUGCCACCCGAUGACCCUCUCGGCCGUCAUGGACCCAAUUUAGAUAAUUUUCUUCGUAAAAAAGCGAUGUUGCCUGACCACAAGCGACAACUCUGUCCAUAUGGAAAAAAGUGCACAUAUGGGAUCAAGUGUAAGUUCUACCACCCAGAGCGCACAAACCAGUCACAGCGUUCUCUAGCCGAUGAGCUUCGAGAGAAUGCCAGACUGUCUGGUUCAAAAGGGGAAAGCAGAGUAACUGGGCCACUAAGGGGCAUGUAUCAAAGAAAUGACCCUGGUUUUGGGUCCAACUCACCCUCCUUGGAGCAAGAACUGGAACAAAAGCUUAACUUGGAUCCCAAGAGCUCUGACAGCAGGGAUGUUAUGUUCCAGUACUGGGAUGACAUUUUGUCCACCAAAAAGCCCUUAAAUUCAACCACAGUGGAACAACGCAGUGCUUUGGUAGACAGAGCCAGUCUGCAAGCACCUUACCCAACAAACCCUUCAUCCAUUUUCAGUUAUGACUCAGGGCUUGGAUCCUACCAAAGCCAGUUUUCAGACCCAUCCCAGAGCAUUGAUGAUUUACACAGGAUGAGAUCCAAUCAUCCACCAACGUCUGGUAACCCUGGUGUACCUACAGGUGGCCAGCACUACUAUGACAACAUGAGUUCUUUAUCUAACUAUCAGCCAAACUUUGGUGCCUACAACUCCCUUCCUGUGCCCAACACCGUCCAGCGGUACAGUCUUCCUGCUUACGGUGCCUGGUCUUACCCUUACUUCUUACCACAAGCAACCAGUUUACCUGAACCCUUACCCUGUCCUAGCUCACACAGGUCUCCUGAUGUCUACGGAAACCAGCAGCACUUAGCCAUGCCACAGUCAAAUGCUUUCCAGGAAGAAAGAGAGGAGGUCAGGAAGAAGCUUCAUGCGAUUUUUAACCCGCAUCAUGUAAACAAAGUUAUGGAAAUGUUCCCACAGCUGAAAGAUGCGCAGCAGCUGGCGGCAGAGAUUCUCAAACUCAAGUCCAGAGGAGAGUUCUUCUAAUUCGUGAAAUGAGCUCUACACUCUCAGAAAAAAAAAUUGCAAACAUUGUACCUUUGGGGGUACUUUUUUACCCUUAAAAAGUUUGUAGUAGUGCUUUAAAAGUACCCAAUUCACCUUUUAGGGGGAGAUAAGGUACAAACUUUUCGAAUUAGGGGUACAACAAUAGCUCCCUGAACUUUGUACCUUUUUACCCUUAAAAAUUUCUAAGUAGUAUUUCAAAGGUACCUAUUACUAAGAUGCACCUUCGAGGGGUAGAUGAGGUACAAUCUUGUCCUUUUAAGGGUGCUGCCCCAUUGACACGGUGUUGUACCUCUAAAGCAAUGCAAUUGUAUUUUAUUUUUCUUUCCUUUUGUAGCUCUUUUCUGUCUUGUGCUCUUUAAAGUCUCAGAAACCUGAAUGACUUAUCACAUAGUACAUGUGGUAACUAUGUAUGACUGCAAAGUCAAUUGUGUGUCAAGUUGUUUUUUAAGGGGUUGAUGCACAUUGCAUCAAUGGUUGCUCCUAACGUGUAGCAAACUGUACAGUACCUUGGCUCGAAGACUAAAGAUUUGGUUUUGGACAGAAGCUUAAAUGUAAUUUUGAGUGUUCAAAUUAUAGUUGUAAUUGCUGUCAUUAAGGAACCACCCUGUUUUCAAUGUUCAGAGUAAUUUUCUAGUUAGUGCGUCUGCUGCUAAUUGUUCAUUCAAAUCCGCUCCACCACAGAAUGACUUCAAAUAGUAGAAGGCGUGAUUCCUUGUGUCUUGCAGUCUUUUUGUUGUAUUUCUUUGUUUCAAUUAUUGUGGGUGGCAAUACAAAUGUUUU